AUGGAUAUGAUGGACCCUUCGAGUACGGUAACUAUCGAUGCUCCUCAUGAUGUGCCCUCUUGUUUAACCACCACAACCCUUCCGGCUAAUGAUGCCGCACCGGUCAACUCCAACGACAUGGUUCUAGACGGGCCAAGCGCAGUUCCAUCGGAGCUUCAUCAUCCGGCUACUUCCUCUACUCUGAAACGCCGAAACACCAAUGGGAGCCACCAAGAGAGCAAGAGACGAGGACCUGCAGUUCAAUCCCUCGAAACCUUCUCGGAGUAUCAUGGUUAUGGCGACAAUGUUACGGUUGGGUAUUCAUCAUGGGAAGAAGGCGAUACCCAAGGGCAUAUGUAUGCGGACACCAUGCCCUUCGACCCGGAAGGCUCCUGGUCUCCCCCAUACUCCAAAUCCGAGCUGUUAGAGCUGUGUGCCAACAACCCAUGUGCCGGUAGAGAAGAUUGUGAAGAAACGGAUGCUUCGUUCUUUAGCAGAGCCAUGAUCUUUGACUCACUAACAGGUGGUGAUCCGCUGGCUUACGGGGGCAACCAGGACGUGUUCACAUUCCACAAUGACCCUAUGUGUGACGCGGCUCAGCCCAAUGUGUAUGAGGCUCCAUCCGAUGACAGCAAAUCUGCGACUGCUGACGAGUACUCGGUCGCAUCGUCACACGAAGAAGCUAUGGUGAAGCUGGUUGACUCCCUGCCGGAGCCUCAGGCACAGAUUCCGCCGUCCAGUAUCAUUAAAGCCAUCGAGGGAAACUCUACGCCUGAGAUAUUUGACCCAAGUCUACGGAGAUCAACGCCACGGAGCAGUCCUAAGAUCUGUUCCAUUUCCGAGGGGAACAAUCAACCUGCCGACGCCGAGAACUUGCUUGACGAGGACAUUGACUGGGAUGAGGUUCUUCAACAACUGCCCGCUGCUCCAAAGAAUUCCUACUCUUCUCAUUCUCCUGGGUUCUUCAAUAACAAUAGCCAGCCGCUUGAUCAUGCAAUGGAGUGGAUGCAGUCUCGCUCAAUCAGCCAGAUGAGGUACCAGCCAUUCACUAGGCCGGCAUUCCCCAGCCCGUUGCGGAACAAGUCCCCUGUAGAGGGCUUAUCAAACUCAACCGUCCUGAGAACAUGCUUCCGCCUGGGUUCGGUAUUCAAAGAAGUGGCUGCGUGUCUUCGAACUGAACAAGAGGUGACCUUUGAGCUUUUUGCCAGAGUGUCCUAUUCGUCGAGGGAAAAGGGUUCGCGGGUUCAACAUUUUCAGGCCAUUGAUCUUUUUGAGGACCAGCCUCCACACCUAUCAGGCGUUCUGACUAGGUGGAAAAACGACAGUCUGGUGGAAAAGGAGACCUCCAGGUUCCUCGACGAUACAAACAACAAGAUGUGCCGCUUUAUGUGUCGACCGAGAAAGGCCAAAAAGUCUGAGGUCGGUUGGGAGCUCGAAGUGUUGCGUAUCAGAGUCACUGAUUGGAACGAGAUCGAGAGUAUCAAGAGUGUUGUCUGCUACGAAUAA